UGUGGGAAAGAGUGGGUGGCCUCUCUUCAAAAACAUUUGAUAUCGUCCGACCGUCGGGGCGACGGACCGGCCUGCCGCUGCACAGGGCCGCGUUACGAUUCCGACUCGCGCAACCAGAUUACCUACGUGUUUCCACGGACACGACGCGUUCAGCACCGCGGCCCGGACCCGUCUCUCUCUCGGCAUCUCGGCCCGAUUCAUGGGAACCAUUGACUGACACUGGCACGUCCCGUCGCCGCGUCGCGAUCUACAUAACCGUGGGAAAAAAAGCGGCUCCGAUUUUUAUGUGUACGGUUUCGCGCCUCCGACCAUGGGAGUUCACGGCCUUUGGCGGCUGAUCGAGCCCUCCGGCAAGCCCGUGCCGCUGGAGACGCUGGAGAACAAGGUUCUCGCUGUCGAUGUGUCCAUUUGGCUGCACCAGGCCAUAAAAGGCUUUCAGGAUUCCAAAGGUGGCGUCUUACAGAAUGCCCACUUACUCGGAAUCUAUCACAGAGUCUGCAAAUUGCUCUACUUCAAAAUCAAACCUGUUUUUGUGUUCGACGGCGGUGUACCAGUACUUAAAAAACAAACAAUUGAAAAACGCAACUUGUAUAAGCACAAAAAUCAAAAUGAAGCCAACAAAAUUCAGGAACAACUACUGUCAACAAUCCUUAAGCAUUCAGCCAUUAGCAAAGUGUUGUCAGACAAGGCUAAGGCAGCCCUCGAAAGCAAAACCAAAAAGCUACCAAUCAAAAACGAUUCAGAAAACAUGUACAAAUUGCCAGACACACCACUAGAUUCAACCAUCUCAUCAUCAGAGGACGAAUCUGAAAGCCAAACAUCAGAGGACUCCAGCCCUUCGAAACAGUUUGACCUCCACUCCAUAGAAACCAAAAGCCAGUACUUCAAGUCCCUGCCAGCUGACGUGAGGCACGAAAUACUAACAGACCUAAAGGAGACCAGAAAACAAAACUCCUGGGGCAGACUACACGAACUCCCAAGCCAAAGUGACGAUUUCUCCGUCUAUCAAAUGAGGCGCCUUUUAAAACGUCAAGAAGUCCAAUCAGCACUGGAGGAAGCCGAGAAGGAAAUGGGCGGCCACUCUUUGUCGUUGGGGGAACUGGAGGCCAUCCUAAAGGACUACGGCGUCAUCACCUCCAACAAGGAUAUAGGCAAGAGAAUAGCUUCAGAUGAGAACACCAGGUUCUUGUUGAUCAAGGACGUGAAACAAGCCAUAGACAAAGCUAGAUCCGAUAAGUUGGCUUUGGAGACCAUUAAGGAAAUAGAGGAGAAAGCCGAGCCGGACACAUCGCAAUCGUCGACGGAAUCUAGUGCUUCCAGCAAGUCGAAAACUAAAGCGGACGAGGAGUUCGAUGAAGACUUGAAAAGGGCCAUAGCUCUGUCAUUGCAGGAGGAACCGUCAACGUCGGACUCCACACCAAAACCACCGACAGUGGAGGAAAUAAAAAAGAAUCUCCAAUUUUCCUUCCUGGAUGAACCGCUAGACUCGGACACCAGCGAUGAUUUCGAGGACUUUGAAGAGGUCGAACAACCCAAGCCGGUUCUCAGUUCGGCCCAAAACUACAUGAUGGAGUACAGUGGGUUGACGCCCAGCGAAAUCGCAAAAAUAAUUGGCAAUAACGCGGGUAAACCCAUGAAAAAAGCAGUACUAAUGCAGGAGAAAAAGGCUGUGGUGGAGGUUCUUCCGGAAGCUGCGUUAUCCGAUGACGAUGAUGACUCGGAUUUCGUAGAAGUUUCCGACCCGGAAACGGAGGAUGUUGCUGCGGACGUUCCUAAAGACAACAACGCGAUGGAAAUCGUUGUUAAUCCUGAUGAAACUGUUGAUGAUGAUUUAUUCAAAGAUGUAUUCGACGAUGAUAGUCAGGAAGUCGCAGCUACUGAUGAAAACUCAGUAACAUCCACAAGUUUGCCUGGAACUAACCUGGUUGAUUCCAGUGAUCAAAAAGUUGAGGCACCCAUAACUGCACCUGAGGAUAUUGGGGAAAAUAAAAGUGAAUCUGUUGCUAAAGACUCGAUUCCUGAUGACUCCAACGAAUCGCCCAAUAAUUUACUCAAAAGGUUGACUCAAUAUAUUAACAGCAAAGCCAAGGUAGAUACAGUAGGAGGCAAGUUGGAAGAAUUAGAUGCUACAGCGACUAAAAAACCGGAAAUCGACGCCAAAAAGCCUAAGUUAACCGAGCAAGACUUGCAAAAAAUGAAAGACGAUUUAAAAAAUGAGCAAAUAAACCUCCUGGUUGAAAGAUCAAAUAAGGAGAGGCUGGGAACAAACAUUACAGACCAAAUGUACCAAGAAGCUCAGGAAUUACUGGAACUGUUUGGAGUACCUUACAUAAUCGCACCCAUGGAAGCUGAAGCUCAAUGUGCUUUUUUGGAUGACGCCAAUCUUACCGACGGCACCAUCACCGAUGACAGUGACAUCUGGUUGUUUGGUGGCAAGACCGUGUAUAAAAAUUUCUUCAACCAAGCCAAACAGGUGAUGGAGUUCAAGGCGGAAGAAAUAAAGCGAAAUUUCAAAUUGUCUCGGGAGCAAAUGAUUUUAUUGGCCUUGUUGGUCGGCAGUGAUUACACCACUGGUUUAAAUGGUGUAGGUCCGGUAACUGCUUUAGAAAUUCUAGCUGCGUUUCCACCUUCAAAGCAGAACCAAGUCAACAUUUCACAUUCCCAAUUGUUGUCUGGUUUAAGGGAGUUCCAUGUUUGGUUCAAAAAAGGCAAAGGCAAAGUUAGGGCCUCCCUUAAAAGUAAAUUGAAGAACGUGCAGUUCAUCGACAGUUUUCCUAGCGUACAAGUGGUUCAAGCUUACUUGGAACCAACUGUGGAGACCAGCAAGGAACAGUUUUCCUGGGGUAAACCCAACAUGGUCGGAUUGAUCGACUUCGCAAGGGAGAAGUUUGGCUGGACCAAACUUAAGGCGGAAGAAGUCUUACGGCCCGUUUUGCGGAGAAUCGAGGAAAAAACUUCCCAGAAGUCGAUCAAGGAGUAUUUCAAAACGAAGUUCGUCGUGCAACCCGAUUUACCCGAGGGCACAAUCAGCAAGAGAGUCAAGACUGCUUUAGAUAGAAUCGAAAAGGGUGGUGGUGAUGAGGAUGAGGACAAACCAAAACAGAAAGUUGGUAGAAGGAAGAAAAAAGAGGAAGCCGGAGGCGAAGAAGCGGGCACUUCUAAGUCCAAAAUUGGGAGGGCCAGGAAAAAGAAGUGUGAACAGGUUGAACAUGUUUCUCCGCCCAAGAAAUCCAAAGUUAAUGGAGACGCAUCUUUGAGUACAAUUCCCGAAGCACUGAAGGAGGACGGAGAAAUUAAACAUUUGCAAAACGUUGCCCACGAGUCGUCUCAAAAAGUUGUGGAAAUGGAGGCACAACUGCAGGAAAUGCUCGCCAAAGAAAUGGCUUUGAAAUCUGCCAAAGAGGCGGAAUUAAAAAAGGAAAUUUUGGAGAAAAAAAUGAAAACGUUGCAUGCAAAGAAGAAGGAGGUGAUUUACCAAAAGGAGCUGGAUAAAAGUCAAAUGCUCAGGGCCAAAAUGAGGGCAAUUGAAGUGUUUAGGAAGUCGAAGAAAGGUCCAGGGUAUCUGAAGAAGAGUCAGUGCAAGAAAAGGUUACCAAAGGAAGAAGCAGAGUUGUCUGAAAGUAGUUCAGACGAAUAAUUUUUAAUUGAUUGCUGUAUUUUUGUAAUAAAAUGUAAGUUAA